GAAACUGUUUAAUUUUCUAAAUUUAUAAAGCCAGUAAAGUCAUGAUAAAAUUGUUAAGUCUUGAGUUAGUUGCCCUGUACCCUUUAUGGUGAGCCAAUUGAGCCAAGCUGUGCCCGUGAUGAUUACAAAAAGCUGUAUCAUUCCCCCUCACCUGUCUGUUUUAUCAGCUAUUACAUUAAUCAUUGUUCAAUUUUAAUAUCAAUUCUGCUUGUGUCAUAGCGAACGUGAAGCAAAUGCGACCUUGACCUUCAACUUAACAAAUCAAUAAUGAAAAGUAAUUAGGGUUUAAAUUUGUUUCAGUGGUAGUAGUGAAUAUGUUAAAUCUCAAUAGGGCGUAAAUGCUUGCUCUACCAAGUACUUACCUUUAUAAAAUACCUACCUGUCAUAUCUUAAAAUGUCCUUACACCAAUGUUUUAAAUUUAAAUCCGAGGUAAUGUUUACUUUCAACCGACGAACUCACGUUCACUGCACUAUUGAUGCGCAAGAUAUCCGCGUAUUCAUGCAGUUAGGUAAACAUUACCGAUAGAUAAUAAGGAAUGUCUUUGCGUUUAUCUCAAUCUAGGUUAUUGAUAAAUAACACUUCAUAAGAUUUGCAUACCAAUUCUUAUUCAGAAUGAAUUUUCCUUGUAUGGCUCAUUUAAAUAAUUCUGAACAGUUUAAGGUGUUUGAAAUCAGUUUAACAUGCAAGCAGCCAAUGUGUGCUAGCAGAAAGUGUUUGUUACAUGUAACCCAUUCAUUCAUUUUUUAUUGCAUUUAACGCUUGAGCUUGUAUUUCAUCAAUGAAAUAGUGGCGGAGGAAUUACUAGGAUGUUGUAUUUAAUAUUUGACGUGUUAAAAUGAAACAAGAUUAUGAAACAAUACCAGCUUUGUUAUAACUCGGUCAUAUAAAGUGUGAACUUUCUACACGAAUCCCUACAGAGUAUGAAGAUAUUCUAUCUUCUAGAUCCAUUUUUAUAAAGUUCAGCAACUACAGCGACCAAAAUGCAGGGUAACACUGACGUAGAGCUGACGGAAUUUGAGAAAAAGAUCAAUGAUAGGGUGGGGUUCUCAUCCUGCUACAGGCCACGGCCUGUUACCACAGAGAAAUCUGAUGGAAAUAUGCACUUUACUAUAACGAAGCAUCCAAAAGAAGCAUUAGAAAUCAUGAACACUUUGCGUAGAUCUGAAAAAUUGUGUGAUGUAACGUUAUUAGUUGGAGAAGAAAAAUUUGUGUGUCAUAAAAUAGUGUUAGCAUCAUCAAGUUCAUACUUCCGUGCAAUGUUUACCGGCGGCAUGAGGGAGGAGGAAAUGAGCAUAAUCCCGCUGCACGGAAUCCAUCCGUGCACACUGUCAGUUUUAAUAGACUUCGCAUACACUGCAGAAAUUAGAGUAAGCGAACAAAAUGUGUGCUAUCUUUUACCGGCAGCUACUAUGUUCCAAAUGAAUCACGUUGUUGAAGCGUGUAGUGUAUUUUUAGAACAGCAGCUUGAUGCUAGUAACUGUAUCGGAAUAACGGACUUCGCUAGCGAACAUGGCUGCACAGACCUUGAGACAAAGGCCCGAGAAUAUAUUUAUAAACACUUUUCAGAAGUCAUCAAAUGUGAUGAAUUUUUACAAUUAACAUCAUCUCAAUUAGUUAAUUUAAUUAAACAUGAUGAGUUAAAUGUAAAGUGUGAAUCAGAAGUUUUCAAUGCUGUGAUACGAUGGGUGCAACAUGACACAGAAAAAAGACUGUGUAAAUUAGAAAAUAUGUUGUCUGCUGUUAGGUGCCACUUUUUAUCCCCAAAUUUUUUAGAAAAGCAGUUGAAUCAUUGUACUGUUUUAAAGAAAAUGCCCCAGUGCCAAGAAUAUUUGUCUCGAAUUUUCCAAGGGCUAAAAUUACAUCAGGUUUGUCCGGAAAAACCAAGAAAACCUUGCGCACCUUUAGUGAUUUUCUCUGCCGGAGGAUAUUUAAGACAGUCUUUAAGUAAUUUUGAAUGUUAUAAUCCACAGACAAAUCAGUGGUUAAAACUUCCUGAUCUACCGACACCACGCAGUGGCUUGUGUGGCUGUACAGUGAAAGGUUCAUUCUAUGCUGUUGGAGGUAGAAACAAUUCUUCUGAGGGUAACUUAGAUUCAAAUUCAGUGGAUAUGUAUGAUCAGUAUAGACACUGUUGGGUACAGAGAUGUCCCAUGAUACUGCCUAGAAAUAGAGUUGGGGUUUGUGCAAUGGACAAUAUGAUAUAUGCUGUGGGUGGCUCACAGGGACAGAUUCAUCAUAAUUCAGCUGAAAGAUAUGAUCCAGAUCUAGACAAAUGGCAGAAAAUUGCCCAAAUGAACAGUCGGCGUAUAGGCGUAGGUCUGGCGUGUGUUAAUCGACUUCUGUUUGCUGUAGGAGGGUAUGACGGUCAACAGCGCUUAAAAAGUGUAGAAAGAUACGAUCCAGAAAAUGAUGAAUGGUCAUAUGUGUCACCUAUGAAUACAACAAGAAGUGGUGCUGGUUGUACGUCCCUGGAUGGUUGUGUGUAUGUUGUUGGAGGGUAUGACAGUACCAGUCAAUUACGUACAGUAGAAAGAUAUUGUCUUAUGACAGAUAAAUGGGAGUUUGUAGCCCCUAUGAGAAGUCCACGUAGUGCUCUAAGUGUGGCUGUACUUGGUGGAAAACUUUAUGCUUUAGGUGGUUAUGAUGGUAAUGAUUUCUUGUCAACAGUCGAGUGUUAUGAUCCUGAUAAAGAUGAGUGGACGGAUGUUUCCUACAUGACAUGUGGACGUAGUGGUCAUGGAGUCGCCGUCGGUGCUGAACCUGUCGGCAGCUGAUAGCAAUAAGUCAUAGAGGAAUAUAAUACUGAAAUAAAAUUGAAAAUAUAUGUGAAAAGAAAGAAACAAAACCCCAUACUGAUAUAAAAAUGAAGAAACAUUGGACUAUUGUAUGUUGAAACAUCAAAUCUCCCCACAUAGUGUGUAACCAUUGACCAAAAGCUGAUUAUGCUACCUUGUAGCAUGUUAUUAUUCCAGUGUAGCUCUUACAACAAAACCAUAAAUACAACAAACAAAAACUGAAUUAAAACAAGAUUUUGUGUUUUAAUUCAUAUUUAAGACAUUCAACACCAAAGAUAAAAACAAUUUUUAAGGAAAGAAAGAAAAAAAUCAUGUGAAAAUUGCUCAGAAAUUAGGCUUAAUAUAAGAGAAAACUAUGACAAUUUCCCACUGAUAUAUGGAUAUAUGCUACUGUACAAAUUCAUAUAUAAAGUAGCAUUCAAGUGAAAUGAGAAAAAAAGUUUAACAUUUUAAUCCAGUUUCUGUAAGAGCAGCAGGCCAGGAUAAGAAAUGCAUAAGUUUAUAAUGGCCAAUAAAUACAACUGAUAUAAGAUCAGACUAACCUGAAAGUGAAUAGAGAGGGAUUGAUCUAUAAAGUGAGAAACAGAAAAAGGAGGAUGUAGUGAACAUUUAUUGAGGAUAGAAUAUUGAGGAUAUAAUAUUGAACAUUAAUGGGGAUAUAAUAAUGACAUGUAGAACAAUCCAAACCGAACAAACCUCAGCUAGUCAUCAAAGAUUUAUGUAUUGUAAAGUGUGUAACUUCAUGACUAUUGUACAUAUAUAUAUUUACAUGUAUGAUAUAUAUAUAUGUGUAGUAUGGAAUAGUCUUAAAAUACUGUGAGAGAAGUGUGUCCAUGUUUUCAUUCUGAAAUAAUGUUGUCUUACCUUCAAAUGAAUUUAUAUGGCAUUUCAAAAGAUAAAUAUAUGUAUAUAUUUAUAAGAAUUUAAGGAUGUUAUAUUUGGCUUUAAGUAUAUAUAACAGUAUUGAACAUAAAAAUGCUGGAGUUUUCUAUUACUUUUUUGUAAGUUCUAAUGAAUAUACAAAGACUUUGAAGGCAAUACGUGAUUUUAAGGCCAGUCAGCUGUUCUAUGUAUUCACUUCCAUUAUAUACAUUUGAAAUCUGUGACACAUUAAGCUCACCAUGUGACACGGUACUGCUUUUAGCAUAUUCAUAAGUUGAAAAGCCAUGUAAUUACAAUGCCUAUAGUUACAAUGUGUAGUAACAAUGUGUAGGUACAGUUGAAUGAUGUCUCAAAAAGACUUCAUGAUUGAUUGAAAUCAUUUAAAACUAUAAAACAAAAUUUAGAGAAUGGUUUCUCUGAUAUUAAAUUAGACAAGAUAAUUAUGGGCUUUCAUUUAUGUACACACACUGUAUUGUUUUAGACAAUAUUUUGAAUGUGCAACAAUCACUAUAUAAUCAAAACAUUUAGUGUCUGUUUAUAGAAUUGAAUGUAAAUUUGAUAUGAAUAGAUAGUUUAAUAUUUCAUAUUGGAAGUUCAACAAAUUAUUCAGAGAACACAUAAUUUGCACAAGGUUGCAUUGACUUUGUUGUGAUUUAAUUAAGAAAAAAUGAUUGUGAGGGACUAUGUUCACGAAGUCCAAAAUCUGCUCAAUACAUUCUCCAUAAUAUGUUAAGGAGUUUUCUUUGACAGUAAGACUUUUUUCAUGAUGAUUUUUAUUUAUAAAAAAGUACAAAUUAUCAUGUGACUUUCUUAUUUCUUUUUAAUAACUUUUUAAAGAAUUAAAAAAGAAUGUUUUGACUAGUGUGAUAAAUUUCUGAAUGACAUUUUGAUUUUUCAAUAUUUGAAAGACAAGAUGGAAUAAUUUUCAGUUGUUAAAUAUGAAAUAGUAAAUUAAAAUGUUAAAAAAUGAUCAGAAUUUUACCAUUUUUGUCAAUUUUCGAUUAUUUCGAAUAUAUUAUGAUAUAAAAUGGUAAUACAAUAAACUGAUCAAAAAUACGAAUGUAUUCUUUAUAUCCCAAUAUAGCUGUUGGAAUAGAUUUCCAGUCAAUUUAUAAAAAGAUUUUGAAGACUUUUUACAAUUUAUUUACUUAAGAGAAAGUUUUGUCUAGAAAAACAGAAACAUGAUGAUUUAUACCAUAUAAGAAUAGUUAUGUUCAAGAAGUACAUAAUCAUGUUAUAGAAUACACUGUUUUCAUAUGCUCCCUUUGUUAACUGGGGGAGAGAUACCAGCGUCACAUGAUAAUGUGAUGAAGUUACUGUUUACAUUUAUUGUUCAUGUUAUUAUGUUAUCAUGUUCGUUACACUUUUGGAGAUCUGCAUAAUGUUAUUGUUACCUAUUAUAAUGUUUACCACUAUGAUUACUAUGUUUUGUUAUAAUAACUUGUUGAAGCAUUAUAAAGCUUUUCAAAAAUGAUCAAAACUAGGAAAAAUAAAAAAAGAAAUCAAACCUA